UGUCCAAAUUUGCCGUCUCAAGACACGCCUUUCUCCCCGAAGACAGCCCCCCCAAGAUGUUAUCGGAUUCGUACUAUGAGCCGUGGGAACUCGUCGCUCACAAUCUGCCAGAGCUGAUCAAGGCUGGCCGUAUCCAUGAUGCCAUCAGGGAACUUCCGAUCCUAUCAACUGACGGCCUCAAGUCCGAAGCUGAAUGGCGGAGAGCCUAUGUCAUCCUGUCUUUCUUCACACACGCAUACAUCUGGGGUGGAGAGGUACCUGAACAGGUAUGAUUGAUACCCUGCACAAUCUUUGAUCGAGACUUGUAUGCUGACACAAGAUUCUUGCCAGAUCUUGCCACCUUCAGUGACCGUUCCGUAUCUCCGUGUCUCCGCUCAUCUUGAGCUGCCCCCUACCUUGACCUAUGCUGGCGCCAAUCUUUGGAACUUUACCUGCAAUGGAGAGGACUUUUCCGACCCAGAGCAACUCAGUACCUUGCUGUCCUUUACCGGAACCGAAUCCGAGUCCUGGUUUCUGCUAAUCAGUGUUGCCAUGGAGGCCAAAGCUUCUUCCAUCAUUCCCAUCAUGACUCGCGCCAUUGAAGCCAUCAAGGUCCACGACUAUCAAGUCAUCAUUAAAGCAUUGGAAGAGCUGAAAUCACACAUCGAAGAAGUUGGCACUCUCUUGGAGAGAAUGCACGAGCGCUGCGAUCCCAUGACAUUCUAUCACCAGAUCAGGCCAUUCCUUGCCGGUAGCAUGAACAUGGAGGCUGCUGGUCUGCCCAAUGGUGUCUUUUAUGACGAAGGAAACGGCAAAGGCGAGUGGAGGAAGCUCAGGGGCGGAAGCAAUGGCCAGAGCUCACUCAUUGCAUUUUGGGAUAUCGUCCUCGGCGUCAUGCACAAGGGCCACUCAGACAGCAAGGGAAGCUUCCACGAAGAGGCCAGGGAUUAUAUGCCGGGCCCUCAUGCGAGAUUCCUGGUGCACGUGGCUCGCCUGGGCAGCAUCCGCAAGCUUGCACUUGAUCUUGAAGAUCCUCUGCAGGAAGAAGAGCACCGACUGAGGGCGGCUUAUACGUCUGCAGUAGAGACUUUUACUGCAUUCCGACAGAAGCACAUCAAUAUCGUGACGAGAUACAUCCUCAUUCCCUCCAAGCAGCCGUGGACCGGACCGACCCGCGUGAACCUAGCGAGCUCUUCAUCGGAAAAGAAGGGAGAGGGGCUUACUGGCACUGGAGGCUCCCAGCUCUUCCCGUUUCUGAAGCAGUCGAGAGACGAGACUACUGUUGCGGGCAAGCUCGAAAACUCGAAGCCAUGAACGAAUUGGCCGAGGAAUUGAAAAUUUCAACAAUGAUAGACACGGGCGGGCGUUUUGGGUAUUAUGACUUGAUGUUUCCUUUUCUUUUCUUACAGGCGGGACAGCGAGUGAUGGUUAUGAUUUGGGCUUUUGGUGCCCUACUGAAGUGAGAGGAUACAUGAUACAGGUAUACGAGCGAUUGAUAUGGAAGGUUGGAAUAGAGUUGCUACGUUCAUGAGCGACGAAGCGAGGGGCACUGGAUAUAGAAGGAUGAUGUAAUACGUGUAUAAAGGAGUGAAGAUAUUCGUAUAUAGCAGAUCAAUAGUCUAUAGGCAGUCUAACCAGAGA